AUGUCUUGGAAAGUCAAUGUCGAGAAAAAAAGGGCUCAAUUGAAUGCUAAAAUCCCAUCAGAAUGGAGAAUUGAUGGUGGUAAACUUGAACUUUUGAAAGCUGAAAAGAAGAAUUUGGAUCUAAAUCUAGACAAACUGUGCACAGAAGCGGAGAAUGAGAUAACUCAUUCUACGAUAUUGAAACUCAGAGAUGAACUAAUUGUGAAAAAUCUAACAUGCUAUGAAAUCGCGAUUGCAUUCUGCCAUAGGGCAGCGUUGGCUCACCAAGUGAUCAAUUGUUUAUCAGAGAUCAUGUUUGAGGAGGCAUUAAAGAAGGCCCAAAAACUAGAUGAACAGAGACCCGAUUUUUUGCCACCUUUGUACGGAAUACCGAUAUCGUUGAAGGAUCAAUGUAACGUUGAAGGCGUAGAUAGUACAUGCGGUUAUCUGGGCAGAGCAUUCAAACCAAAGAAAAGAGAGGAAGAGUCAUUGAUUGUCAGACAUUUGCGAGAACAAGGUGCAAUAUUGUACGUCAAAACAACAGUACCAUCGUCUAUGAUGGCUACAGAUACCGUAUCGAAUACGUUUGGUAUAACCUUGAAUGGGUUAAAUCAGAAUUUUUCGCCAGGUGGAUCUUCUGGCGGUGAAGGAGCUCUUAUCGCUGCCAGAGGUUCCUUGUUAGGCUUAGGAACAGAUAUUGGAGGUAGUAUCCGAAUACCGAGCAGUUAUCAUGGAUUAUAUGGGCUAAAACCCACCGAUAGCAGACUUCCUUAUCUGCGCGUAGAUAAUUCAUUUCAAGGGAGAGAACUAAUUCCUAGUGUUAUCGGGCCUUUAGCCAGAAAUCUAGAUGAUUUGAGAUAUUUUAUGGAUGUUAUGGUGAACAUUUGCAAACCCUGGAUUGACGAUGUGAAGUGUGUGCCGUACCACUUCGAUAGCAAAUCAAAAGAACUUCAUAAAAACUAUGUGGUUGGUAUUUGGUACGGUGAUGGCGUAAUAACCCUCCCACCAGGAGAUGUAAGAGCGUUGAGAAUGUGCGAAGACCUAAUCAAUAGUACUCUCGGAAUGAAAGCGAUUAGGUGGGAGGUCCCUGUUGAAGUUAACAAAGAACUGCAUGAAAUCGCCAUGGAUACGGACAUAGCUGAUGCAGGAAUCGAGAUAAGGCGUGAGUUUGAAGCUAGUGGAGAACCGAUAAUAGAUAUUUUGAAACCGGUUAUUCUGGAAAAGGGAGCUGAAGCAUGCUCAGUGAAUCAAUGGUGGGCCUUAAAUAAAAGGACUUACGAAGCCAAAAUCGCAUACAGAGAAUAUUAUAACUCUUUAGAACCAACAGAAAGGCCCGAUGUUAUUAUAAGCCCACUUACCUUAACCCCAUUUAGGCCAGGAGACAUGCUAGCAACAACAUUGAGAUACAUUUUAUUUGUAAACGUUUUGAACUUUCCGUCACUUGCAGUUCCCAUUACGAAAUUCAAUCGCAAUGUUGAUGGUCAGAUGGAUACAUCAAAAGCGCAAACUGAAGAGGAUAGAAUUGUAUCUAAUUACUGGAACGAGCUCAUUUCCUCAGAUUCCAUUCAAGAUUUCCCUCUAUCUUUACAGAUAAUGAGUCCGACUUACGACGAUAAUGAAGUUUGCACAUUUGGCUCAUGGCUAAUGCAAAAUUUGCAAAUCUCUUGA